AUGGAGUUCAUUGGGUUAUUAAUUCAUAUGGUUACAUUGUCUCAGCCCUAAUUAGUUGUCCUAAGUGAGUCUUUUCUUUUUUUUUUUGCUGAAUCCUAAGUGAGUCUUGGAGCUGUUAAAUAUCAAGGCAGAAUAAGUAGACAAACCCGCAAGGUCAUAAAAAAGAGGAGGAAAAAGAUACAAAAUCUGGAAGAGAAGAGCAAAAAUUGUCUAAGCCUGGAUCCUCUGUGGACUCACCUACUACAAACAAGAGGAGUGAAGGAUGAGGAAGAGGAAAAAGAAGAUCUUCAACCAAAAGAAGAUGAGCAAGAAAUAGAAGAAGAAGAAGGUGAAGAAGAUGAUGAAGAAGAACAAGGACAAGCACAGCAAAGGAUGCAAGGCCAUUAUGAUCAGCAUGUACAACAACAAUCACAACCCAAUAGAGCACCACAUGGAAGAACACGUUAUACCCACCGAGCAAGAGCACUGAAGGAGAGGUCAAAGAGCACUAAAGGAGGAGAGGUUGUAGAAGUUAAUGGAGGCCACAUUGCACAAGCUAUAGGAAGGAAAGACCGUCACAGCAAGGUAAGUACUUCAAAAGGUCCAAGAGAUAGGAGACUCAGACUUGCUGCUCAUACUGCUAUACAAUUCUAUGAUGUCCAAGAUAGGCUUGGCUUUGACCGACCCAGUAAAGCCAUUGAUUGGCUAAUGGAGAAGGCAAAAGCAGCUAUUGAAGCACUUGCAACAGCUAACUCAUCAUCACUUCCAAAUCAAAAUUCUACUAGUGCCAUGAACUCUGCUGAACAAGCUUGUUUAAAUCUCCAGCAGCAUCACAGUGAGUCAGAAACAAUCAUGGGUUUGAAUUCUGGGUUUGGUUAUCAAAAUCAGCAGCAUUCCAAUGAGAACUCCAUUAACAGUUUGAGCUUUAUCUCAGAGGCUGCAAAUGCUAAUGUAUACAAACCAUCACCUUCAACUCAAUUUCAUGACCAUUUCCCACCUGAACUAAAUUCAAGAACUAUCAUCCACACACAAGAUCUUUGCCUCUCACUUCAAUCCUUUCAAGACCCAGUUCUUGAUAAUGAUCCCAGCCAUGUUAGUCCAAUUAAUUUCACUGAACAAGCUGCCAAUUCUGCCUCAGCUGGUUUGUCAGAUCUCAGUGCCACUGACAUAGAGAUUGGUUGGUUUCAAAGAACAAUGAUGUCUUGGAAUUCUGACACAAGUUGUCAUGGAGGAGGGGAAGAUUGUGUCUUUAAUUCCUUGCCACCACAACAAUCUGCAUUACAAAACCAGUUGUUAUCUCACCGGGGACCCCUUCAGUCCAAUAAUUUGCCUUCAGUUUCUGCAUGGACCAACCCACCAAUCCCACCAAUUUCCAUUAAUUCUGUUCACCAUAAUAGGUCAGCACUAAGCUCACAAACUUCACCAAGAUUUCAGAUUGAAGAGCAAGAGUACAAUGCAACAUCUGAGAGGUCAUCCUCUACUUGCUCUCCUUGUCACUAUUGAUCUAGCAUUAUCAAAAUAUUCAUUCCACCAGGGAGUCUCAAGUCUUCUUCAAAGUAUGAGUUCAGAAUGUAUGAGUGGGAUAGGAGAUUUGGUUACUAGUUUCCGGCUAUGCUCAGAUGUAUGAUUUUUUGGGAUUGGUGUUGGUGCUCCUUUAGUCAUUGUCAAACUGCUUUUCCAUAACAACUACUAAAUUUGCAUGUUGAAUUUCUCUCUGUUAAAAAGGUAUGUGUUUUGAAUUGAUUUUGAGAGUCCCAUCAAUGUAACGAAAGAAAAAUCAGAGUCAGAAACACAUGACAGAAUUGGGAUUUUGAUUUC